ACUCUCAUUGGAAAACAAAAUGGCGACCGCAGUGUAUUUGGAGCACUAUCUUGACAGUUUGGAAACAUUACCUUUAGAGUUGCAAAGGAACUUCACCCUAAUGAGAGAGUUGGACACAAAAGCCCAAGAACUUUUAAAGAAUAUUGAUAGUAUAGCAGAAGAGUACUUGAAGAAUGUGAGAAACCUCAGCCCUGAACAAAAAACACACCACAUGGAGAAAAUUCAGAAACUAUUUGAAAAAACCAAGGAGUAUGGAGAUGACAAAGUUCAAUUAGCAAUGCAAACAUAUGAGAUGGUGGACAAGCACAUACGGAGGUUGGAUGCAGAUUUGGCAAGGUUUGAAGCUGACUUGAAGGACAAAGCCCUCAGCAUGCAAUCGAGUGACUCUGAGAGUUCGCAGAAGAAAAAAGGAAGGAAAUCUAAGGAAAAAGGUGAAAAGAAGAAAGCAAGAAUGAGAGGAACAUCUUCUGAUGAGGACAUUCCAAAAUCCGCUCGAAAAAAACUGAAAGGACAAGUUCCCUUACCAGAACCUGUUCCUGUACCAGCCUUAGGUAUUACUCACCCAUCAGAUGUGCUGGACAUGCCCGUUGACCCAAAUGAACCAACAUACUGCCUCUGCCACCAAGUGUCAUAUGGAGAAAUGAUUGGCUGUGAUAAUCCAGAUUGUCCAAUCGAAUGGUUUCAUUUUGCCUGUGUUGGUCUUACAAGUAAACCGAAAGGAAAAUGGUACUGCCCGAAGUGUUCGUCAGAAAGGAAGAAAAAGUAGAUCCUUAACCGCCUUUCUUUCCGUUAUUUUAUGUUUCCUUCAUUUUCAUUAGAACCACUAUAAUGUAGUGACUCUCAUGAAUUUUAUAAUAUCUUCAUGGCUUUUUAAUGUUUUUAAUAUAAGAACUUUUUACUGCAACUCUUGCUUUGAACAUUUUCUACAGAAGUCAGAAAGUUGAAUGUCAUUCAUUUUAGAAGUGUGGUCUUUUAUAUGUCCAACAAAUUAAUGAAAACUUGAAGUGAAGAAACUGUUUCAAAGUGAAACCUAUUCAUAUCUCUACAGCUUGAACAGUGUUGUACAAAGGCCCAUUAGUUGUAUAACAUAAUACUCCUCACCAUGUAUUAUGUUCUUUGUCCAAACAUGUAAUGUGAUAUAGUUUCUUUUCUUGCUGUAAUUACUUGCUUUAUGUUUUGAAUUUACAAUCACCACAACUAAAAUAAAUGCCUCAAUCUAUUUUAUUUUAUUUUUUUGUACUACAUUUUGUGAAAGUAAUGAGAUCCAAAAGUAAACAAGUAUCCUGAAUGUUUAAGUCAUUCAUGAAAAAAGCAAAUAAUACAAGUUACUUGAAUGUGUACUUGAUGGUGAGAAAGUUCCAGAGUUUGGAUAAACACAUUAUUAAUAUUUAAAUAAACAGAAAAAGAUAAAACAGUUGUCAUUAAUAAUUGUUGUUUCAGUCAGAAUUGAAUCCACUUUUCUAAGUGUUAGGCUUGUAACUAAACUUAAAUUUUUGUGUUAACAGUUAAAUUUAAAAUAAAAGCCUGAAGAAUAGAAAACUAUCAUAUCUAACAGAAUACCCAGGAUUGGGCUGAUAUGAAGAAAGAGCCAUAGUAUUGUUUUAUUCCUUUUAUUUUACUGUAAUAAUGGAAAUGUCCACAAGUAUAUUUCCGUGUGAAGUUUUAUAACUCCUGGUGUCAUUACUUGGUUUGAAGAUCUAUGAUAAUAAAGUGGCCGUGUUGAGAAGAACAGUUUUUAA